CCUGUAUUCAGUGCGAUAGUUCAACUUCCACCAAGCCGAUGUGCUUUGUUGGCCAGUAGUUUGGUGCUCUCAUUCUUUGAGUUAACAGAUACAACACAACUAACACGAGAGUCUGUAUGUACCCAUACAGCCCUGUGCACAGCUUUAAUUAGGCAGAAUAAGUGAACACACCUGUGCUCGGGGACCAUGGCUGUGCUGGGGCUUCAUGUUCCACCACUGUAAAACACAGUCGGUCAUUUGUCAGCUCCAGGUCUCUGUGCGACAAACUUCAAAGCUGUCGCUCUCCCCUCGCCAGCCGUUCGCUUCAUCUCCAUCUCCUUUGGCGUGAGCGUUGGUAGGGUGUGCGCAUGUGUGUGCAGCCGGGUGUACUUUGGGGUGAUGUACUGUGCGUACCAGGAUUGGAAGGAGGUGGAGGAUGAUCUGUAUCAAGAAGAUGACGGAGACUCUGAGGGGUCGGAGGCCAACAGCGAGCUGGAGUUCCACCUCUACAGCCAGCUCCACUACUCCUCGAAUGCCGGGGCGCUGGAGGAGCAGGAGGACAAGGUGGAGACGGCGGAGGGCCAGGACAGCCAGCAGCCUGAGGCGCCCGUGAAGACAGAAGAUGUCGACGGAGAACGGGAACAAACUGAAGAAAGUAGGCCUCCGUCUCCGGAUUUGGACAAGUUACUGCAGUACCUGAAGAAGCAGAAGGAGAAGAAGCGACAGAAACUCGAUAAACAGAAGACGGUUAACCCUAAAGGUCAGAGGUCGUCUUCAUCAUAUAUCGAGGAGGUCAUCGUGAUCGACUCCAGCCCGGAUGUCAUCUCCAUCUCCGAGGAUGACGAUGAAGGGGUCUGCGCCUUAAAGGGCCGAAGCGCACACCGGAUGCAGACUUCCACCCCGGCCCCACAGAGAACCCAGAAAAGGAGUCUCAGUGCGCCGGUGACUGUGGACUCCAGCAGCUCAGGGUCCGGCUCAGAAGAGUCGGAAUCCCAGUCCAGCUCUGACUCGUCAGAUUCAGAUGAUUUGGAGAACUGGAUGCUCCUGGGCCGAGGGAAUCAGGACGGAGACCAUAGCAUCUCGCUCAACCUGGAGGGAGGCUCCGACAGCAAAGAAGAUGCUGAAGAAAGAGAAAGCGGCUGGUUGGUUUCGAGCAGGGACAAGGAGGCUCGGAUCUAUAACAAAGACAAGGGUGUCAGGCUGACGUCACAUCGGAUGUCAAACAGAUACUACACCGACAAGAACGUCCAGUGUAGGAACUGCAGCAAGAACGGACAUCUCUCCAAGAACUGCCCUGAGCCCAAAAAGUUGCCGCCCUGCUUCCUUUGUGGCAAUCCAGGCCACAUGGCCAGUGGAUGUCCCAAUAAGCACUGCAACAACUGCGGCCUACCGGGACACCUCUACAAUUCCUGCAGCGAGAGACCGUACUGGAACAAGCGGUGCGAUCGCUGCGGCAUGAUGGGGCAUUUCUUCGACGCCUGUCCAGAGAUCUGGAGACAGUACCACAUCACAACGAAGGCGGGUAUUCCCACGAGGCAGCGGAGCGAGGACCGGGGUCGGACACAGCCACAGCGGUCCUACUGCUACAACUGCUCCAGUAGAGGACACUUCGGCCACGUGUGUACAUGGCAGAGGAAUUUCAACAGGACGUUUCCCACCGUCCCGUUCAUCAACCGCUACGACACGAGGAAGGACGUCAGUAGCACAGAAAAGUGGAUAGCGUCGAAGGCUAAAGAACUGAAGAAAAACGGCUUUCUCCAGGGCAGCUCUCAGACCCCUCUCACUCCAGGACCGCCAAAGAAGAAACAGAGAGUCGACCAUCACAACAACCACCACUACCAGGCGAACCACACACCUCGCCAGAGCACCAACCACCACAAACGCAACCACAUCUUUUUCAACGACGACCACGUCUUUGGGGCCGCAGCGCCCAAAACCAAAAAGAACAAUAAGCCCAAGCAACAGAAAACCACCAGCAAUGUGAAACCAUGGAAACCCAAGAGACCGGUUCCCGCCUCCAAAGACCCUCUCCCAAAGAAGGCUAAGCUCAUCGUGGAUGAAGCGCAGGACUUUCCCAGAGGCGGAGGCAGAGGCGAGGAUAUGGAGAAGAAGAAGAAGAAGAAGAAGGGGGCGAGGAACAGGAAAAAAGCUCCUUCAGCGCCGCCAGAAGUGCACAGAGAGGGAAGGCCGGACCGUCUCCAAUGGACUGUGACCGGAGAGAUGCAGGGGUCGGAGUCGAAGCAGCAGAAGGGGAAGAAGAACAAGAAGAAAAGAGCGAAGAAGAACGGCAACAAAAACGCCGAAGCGCAGAUGUACCCGACGGACGAGAACCUGUUCAUCAUCAAACAGAGGAAAGGCCGCAGAUAGCGUAGGUUCUUGUGAGGCGAAGGGCGUCUGCAUACACAGUUUGUUUUCAUGACUUUUAGGGAUGUCUCAAGACAUUUUGCUGACUCAGGUCUUGCCGCGAAAGCAGUCAGUGCUGCUUUGAAGGGUUCAUCUGCCUUUUUUUUUUUACUCUAGAGGUUUUGACACAGCACAGUAGGAAAAGCAAAGAUGUAAAAAAAAAAAAAAAAAAAAAAAAUGCAAUGAAUGUUUCUGCUUCAGAUUCAGGGGCCAUUGUGCAUGCCGACUCACUGUCACUCUGUUGGGGCCUUACUGGGACAUUUUGGAUAGAACGGGAGAGGUUCACAAUUUUACAAGUCUGUUUUAAAGCUAUAGUCAGGUGUUGGUGUGAACAUUCAAGACAAUCUAACGGCAGUUUGUGAAAUAGUCACGAAAUGCAAUCUAUCAGCGGAUUGUCCUUUUUUUUUUUUUUUUCUUACUUACUUUCUGGACAACAUCAGUUAAAAUUUAAAGUUUGGUUUAGGCAACAAAACAGCUUAGUUAGGCUUAGGAAAAACAUCACGGUUGGGCUUAAAAUAACUUCAUACAUUUAGGUUAAGGCAACAAAACCACUUCAAUAAAACACACAACGUGGUGUCAAACACCAGUCUUUCAGCUGAAAGUCCUGUCUGUUGGACCCUUCCACCUCCCGUUAAGCCCACCAAUAGUCGUCAUUUUGGAUAUUAUGAAGUACAUCACUUGCUCUGACUGUUUCUUCGUCUCGUGGAUGCAUUUCAUUUGUGUGUCCAAAUCAAAUAAGGCUACUAAUUGACUUUCAGUUGGCAUUAUUUUCAUCACAAGCAACACGAAAAAACAGACAAUUUGUGUCCCUGUACACAAAACUAAUAAGUAAGUGAUGGGAGACAUUAUUCACAGUUUAGUGUUUUGUGCAAAAAUGUAUUUCAAAGUGUAUCUGAAACUUCUGCAGUGUGAGUUAGACAAAUCAAGUAGAUUCCUUUCAAAAGUACAAGAAAAAACUUUUUUUGGUACAAUCUCUACACUGCAGCUCAACAGGAAAACUUCUGAAUACAUUUUGUUCAAAGGGAUGUACUUUGGAAGCGCUUUUAACAGGAGGGAUUAAAAUUGUGAAGCUAUCCUUUUAAUGUUAUUAUUUCCAGCUGUGAUUUUCCUACUAUGUUGAGUCAAAAUCUCUGCUGAGAAAUAAGGGCUGCAUUUUUUCAGUUCAGUCGUUAUUUAAGACAUCUCGGCUGUUCUAACGGGCGGCGGCAAAUAAUUGAGUUGCCUUAACUAAUCAGUUAUUAGUAGAUUGUUUGAUUAGUAAUGGUAAAGAGGAUCUAUUGAUGUCAUCGUUAUCAUAUUCUCUCAUUUCGUUGUUCACAUAAUUUGAAUUAAAAACAAACUCUGCUCUUUGA